AUGGAACCAGUCAGUUUUGCCAUUUCGGUGGCGUCCCUCGGUUCCGUCUUCCAAACUUGCAUAGCGGCAUACAACUGCCUGACAGACGCUAUGAGAAUUGGUAACACAGCUCUCAGUCUGGAAAUUCGGUUUCGUGUUGAAGCAAUGAGGUUGAAUCUUUGGGGCAAAAGCCGAGGGCUCUCUAACGCCUUCAAUGGGGGCCCGAGAGGAAACGACCUGUUGGAAAUUGGAGAGAUGCGACGGCUGAUUUUAGAUAUACUGGGCAGAAUCGCUCAGUUGCUUGAAAAGCAUGUCCAUGUGACCAAGAAAUACCGAGCCCUAGCGGACCCCCAGAUAUCAGAGGAUAUAGCCGACAGUUCCUCGUUGUCCCUGCCCCAGGUUAUGGUCGCUAAGGCUAAGCUGGACAGCAGAAUCGCCGACGUGAGCCAGCGAACCAGCAUCGGAGCUAAAAUCCGAUGGGUAUUGCAAGACAAGAAUGAGUUGACGGCCCUAUUGUCAGAAUUAACGGCUUUGAAUGAUGGUUUGGAACGCUUGCUGCCUGAAGCCCAAGCUCUUUCCCUGUCUCAGAGCCUCGCUGGAGAGAUCCUCAGCAUUGCUCCGACUCUACCACAGAUUAGCGAGAGUUCUUUUGGUGCACACAACCACCAGGCGGCCAGAAUUAUUUGGCUCCGGCAGCAGAACAAAACUAGUCUUGCAGAGCCGUCAGACUCUUCUGCUGCUCUUUCCCUGUCCGACAUUAACACUCCGGUAACGUCGAACGAAACAAUUGGGGGAAAUGGCGGAGAAGUGGACGGAGACUGGGUUAUUCCUGUAACAUCUUUCAAGGACUUCAUCGAGCUUCGCCUCAAAGACCUUCUCGCUGAGAACAACCACGUGCUGGAAGUCCCAAACGUGCGGACAGUACAGUAUUACAUUCCAAACGGAUCGGAUCAGCGGGGGCAAUACGUCCUCGUAGAGUGGCGCUCCCAGCAGGCCGAGUACAAAUACUCGUGUAUUACACCGAAGGCCCUUUCAGAGCGCCAUAAACAUCUCGUCCGUCUGCUUCAUCGCACUUCAAUUACUAGUACCGACUUUCGCGUUCUGAGAUGCCUAGGUUAUACUCACACAACGGGCAGAUUGCCCGACGGUCAAGAGCACCCGGUGGUUGGGUUCGUUUAUCAGAUGCCUUCACUCAAUGGGGGUGCCGCUGCAAGAAUACCGGUCACCCUAAGGGAGAUUCUAGGUUCGGCUUAUGAAUCUCAAGAGCCCAUUGCUCCAGAUCUGAAUGAUCGCUUCGCCCUCGCCUACAAUCUCUCUCUUGCUUUAUAUCAACUACACUGUGCAGGUUGGAUCCAUCGCAAGCUAUCCAGCCACAACAUCAUAUACUUCAAGGACCCCGAUGGCGGGACAUUUGAUGUUACUAAGCCCUUCGUCGGUGGUUGGCAGUACGCGCGGCCAGAUCAUCAUGUGGACCCUAAUCCAGAUCAAAAAGGCCCAGUCCCUUUUAGUGAGAUGGAGAGGGCCGGGGGACCUGUUUCGGGACUUGGGGAUUUGGCCAUGUAUAUUCACCCUGAUCGGUUGCAGGAAGCUAAGGGCAUACCACGCUUUCGCAAAAGCUACGAUAUCUAUAGCUUCGGCGUGAUUUUGAUGGAAAUCGCGUUUUGGGAGCCCAUCCUCGUCUUUGCGGCCCCCGAUGAUCGGAAGAAGAUGGGAUCCUUCGAACAGUAUGGAAGGAUCAAUCAUUCUCAAUUGUCGCCAACACUGAUAAAGGCGACGGAAAACGAGAUUGGGUCGGAGAUGGGAGCAAGGUACCGGUCCGUCGUGCUGACUUGCUUGAAGGGACUUGACUCAACCAAGAAACUGGAUAACGAGAUGGAUCUCGAGGACAUGAAUGGUCUAGAACCAGGUAUUGAAAAGGAGUUCUUUUGGCGAAUAGUCGAGGAGCUCCGGCGGCACACCGAUCUAAUGGAUUAA